UUAUAUUUCUAACCACAACAGUAACACAUGUACAGUAAACACCACUGGAAGUAAUGCACAAGACGCGCACUAUAUGUGUUUUGAAAGAAAAGUGAGCAGUCAUUCAUCUUUUUUUUUUUUAAGUCAAGUUCAUGAGAAGAUAUUCCAUGAUUGAUUCUGCCAAAGCCCAUUCAGGCCUUGUCCAGAUCAUCUUGUUUAGUGGCUUUAAUUUCUGAAAAGCCAUCUGUUCAUCAGGUAUGGGAUGGUACCCCAAUAAAACCCUGCUCGCUCACCUGUGGUCAAGGCGGCUUCGGUUGUUGUGCAAGGUGAGAUAUCUACUCAUAAACAUUAGACAUUUGCCUCACCUUGACAGAAGUCCAUUUUUCACGAGACCUCGAUCUUUCCUGAGCAUCGACUCAUCACCUCAAUCCUCAAAGAGAAACCUUUUAAAAUCUUAUAGAUCUAAGAACUUCAGCAUUAUCCCCUCUGGAAGAGUCUGCAAAAAUAUAAAAUGUGAGAAUAAAGUGGAGCUUCAGAUGUUUCGAUUUUACUCGACCUCCAGUAGAGACACGUUCAAAGCAGAGGCUCCUAUUGGAGUUCUCCAGAACAACAGGAUGUCUCUUCGGCUGCACUUAAUGCGGUUGAGAUUAGGACAAUCUUUUAUUCGUCUGUCCGGGCACAUUAACUUGUACUUCAAACAAAAAGAGGUUUCUGUUCUAGAUAACAGCCAGGAAGUGUUUGUGAGUGAAGAACCCUUCACAUGAACACAGAUACGAGCUCUCAAAGGGAGGAGUUUAGGAGUGAACACAUCUUUCCUAGGGUCACCUGUCCAUGACCAAAAAGCAUCCUUAAAUCUGUCUGCUGGACCACCUUUGACCUCAAGCUUUGCCAGACCCCAGCUUUUCCAUAUUAGCGCCUUAGCUACCAGAUUUGGGGAGGGUUACAGCUAUGUGGCCAAUCACAUUAAUUCCGUAUGCUCUCGAAAUCCAACAAAACAAAUGCAUGUGGAGCUGUCAUCAGACGAUGUGUUCAGAAGAACUAAAAACCUAAAGAGAAAAAUUAUAGGUAAUAAAAAAGCUCCUUGUCAGAAAAAUGAGCAAACAAAACAAAACAUAAGCAUCCCAACAACAACAUCGGCAGCAGGGGUUCAUAAUAACAAUGAAUCUAGUUCCUGGGAGGAAGGAUGUCUUCACUUUGCCGGUCACAUCAACAGAUAUUUUAGGGCAAAAGUAGCAGAUACUGUUGAGGAGUCGCCACGUAGUCGAAUUCAAGCUUCACAAACAGAAGCUCAGAUGCUGAAAUCUUCAGUGUUUUUGGACAGACCUCUUCUAGAAAGAGCCCAGGACUCAACGUCACCACCUCAGCCCAAAUCCCCAGGCUUGUUUCACAUGAGCAGCCUCACAACACGCUUCGGGGAAAAUUACACAUACAUGGCCAACCACAUCAACCGGUACUUCAAAGGAUCUGCAGCAGCAGAGGAGGAAGAGUUGGACCGAGGUUUACCCGAACGCACAGGGACUCUGGAGAAACCUGUGUCCUUUUUUGAGAGUCUAUUGAAACCGUCAACUAUACCAAGUCUUGUGGGCAGUUGUCUGGGAAUGGGCUCCAACAGCAUUAGUGACCAGACUACAACUGAUACCAAGAUCCAAGAGACCAUGCUGUAUAAAAGAGCUUUAGGUAGAAGGAAAGCAGAAGACAUGACUAAAGUCCUUCUAAAUAGCCUCCAGGAUGCUAUUGUGCCCUCAUCCAUCACUUCCUGUGUGGAGGAACUGAAUGCUCAUCUCAUUAAGUACCCAGCAUGCAAAGCUGUAGUCUGGCAGGAAAAAGCAGCACUGCAACUUCUUAGGAGGCGGCGGAUUUUUUGGAUGAAUAAGCAACUUCAAGAAGCCAUUAAAGAAACUCUGGCUCUGAUUGGCUAUGUAGAUCCAGUCAAAGGUUGUGGGAUCAGGGUGCUGUCCAUUGAUGGAGGCGGCACCAAAGGUUUAGUUCCACUUCAGGUGUUAAAACAACUGGAGGCUCAAACAGGGAAACAAGUUCAUCAGCUUUUUGACUAUAUUUGUGGAGUCAGCACAGGAGCUGUUCUGGCGUUCAUGUUGGGUCUGGUUCGCAUCUCUUUGGAUGACUGUGAAGAGAUGUAUCAUCGUUUUGGGUCAGAUGUUUUUAGACAAAAUCCACUCGUUGGUACUAUGAAAAUGGGCUGGACGCACUCUUACUACAACACAGAAACAUGGGAGAUGAUCUUGAGGGAGAAAAUGGGAGAGGAGAUUUUGAUUAAAACAGCCAGAGAUGGACUGAGCCCAAAGGUCUCUGCUGUAAGUGCAGUAGUGAACUGGGGGAAAAGUCCAAAAGCAUUUAUCUUCCGAAACUAUAACCAUGCACCAGGGAUAUUGAGUCGCUAUGCUGGAGGAUCAGGGUACCGGCUGUGGCAGGCUGUCCGGGCUUCAUCUGCUGCUCCAGGCUAUUUCCAAGAGUUCUCUCUUCAUGGAGACAUACACCAGGAUGGUGGUCUUAUCGUCAAUAACCCCUGUGCUCUGGCUGUCCAUGAAAGCCGACUGCUGUGGCCCAAUCAGCCCUUCCAGUGUGUGCUGUCAUUAGGAACCGGUCGCUAUGACAACACCAGAAGAGGGCCUGCAACAUCCACAAGUCUGAGGGCCAAAAUCAGCAACCUGAUUUGCAGUGCCACUGAUACUGAAGGUGUACACACUCUUUUGGAUGACCUCUUAUCACCAAACGUGUAUUUCCGCUUUAACCCAAUGCUGAGUUUGGACGUGACACUGGAUGAAAGCAGACCCGGAGUCCUUCAGCAGAUGAGGGAGGACACACAGCUUUAUUUGGACCGGAACCAACCCAAACUGGAGCGCUUAUGCAAAGUGCUGAUGACGGAGCGUACAGCCAUCUGGAAAACCCGGGACUGGAUCAGUGAGAAAGUGUGGGAGCUGCAGCAUCGCUGGGCCUGAGAGUUAAAAGAAAUCAAGUACAUUGCAUGGUCAAAGCACUUACAGGAAAAUAAAUGAUCAAUUAUUAAAUUCUUAUUGGACACAAAAACUUUGUUGUAUUUUGUAAAAACUUUAAAUUGUAUUAAAUGUUCUGUUGUUUGUAUUUAGUUUUCACGUUUGUGUAGUGUUAAAAAACAGGAACUGCUUUAUGACCAGUCUUGUUUAAAUUUUGCAAAAUGGUCUACUCUAUACAGAUGACAGAUGACAAAAUCAAACCAUUCUGCAUGGGAAGUAUAAGAUAUUAUCUCAAUACAAAGUAUUGGUGCUUUUUUGUAAAAUCAUGCUUGGGAAAUAUUAUUAUUAUUCAUUGUGAAUGCUGUAUGAGCACUUUCACCUGUAAGUAGUAAAUCAGUAAAUUGUAAACGCUGAUCUGCAUGUUAAUAAUUACAGACUGAUGUAUUUAUUUAGUACUGUUUUUAAUUAGAGGUUUAUGAAGAGAAAUAAAAUUAAACAGUUGGUAAUCAUGUUGAAUGGAGUGUUGUUUUACUGUGAUGAAGUGCAGAAGCUAUGCAGUCAGCACUCAUGUGACCAGUGGCGACCGGGACAUCAGUAACCAGAGCGCAGUUUUUUUCUUGGACAACUGUGCGAAAUUCUUUUUUAAAUUUCAUUGAUUAUUUUAGAUUUAAAACAACCUGCACACAUUUAAACAAACUGCUGGACUUUUUUGGGACAGUCUGAAAUGGCUUGGGCAUCGAGACCAUGCAAUAAUGAUGCAUUUAUAAUUUGGAAUUAAUUUAAAAUCUGCACAGGAGUUUUCCAUCUGCACUUUCCACUGAGGUUAUAAUGGUAUGUGCAAUCCCCUGGGAUCGAACCCACAACUUUGGCAUUGUUAUCACCAUGCUGUUACCACUGAGCUACAGGAAAGCUUAUGUAUGUGUUUAGCA